GGGCCGGGGUCGGGUCUGGUCUGGUCUGGCCUGGCUCCGUCGGUGGGUGACGCAGUUCCGGUGGCAGCGUGACUUCCGGUGACGAGGCUGAACGUGUGUUGGAGAUGGUGCUUCUGGAGAGUGAUUCGUUUCUGACUGAGCUGACUCGCCUUUUCCAAAAAUGCCGAACCUCUGGCAGUAUUUACCUUACCAUGAAGAAAUAUGAUGGUCGGACAAAGCCAGUUCCACGGAAAGGAAACCCCGAUACCUUUGAACCUGCUGACAAUAAGUGUCUACUGAGGGCAACUGAUGGGAAGAAGAAGAUUAGCACAGUGAUUAGCUCCAAGGAAGUGAACAGGUUUCAGAUGGCAUACUCAAACCUGCUACGGGCACACAUGGACGGCUUGAAGAAGAAAGACAAGAAAAGCAAAAGUAAGAAGACCAAGGCCACACAGUGACUGAGCUGUUGUCACGGCAACAGGGGACAAGCUAUUGGAGGAGACAGACAGCUUUGCUAUUCCCAAACCUAACAUAAGACCCUUAGACUGCAAUCAACUUCAGUUACUUAUUUUUUUUCAUAGACAUCAAUUGCAUGGAGAUGUGGAGGAAUUGGCAGUAGGGUGAGAGGAGAAGAAACUUGUUUCUGCCAGGACCUCAGUGGAAAUGCAUCAUGACCACAGAUGUGUCUGAUAACUGCGUCCAUGGUAGCACGUCAUCUUAUUCAUGCUUUGGCAUAUUUAUUGCAAAGUGUUGCUGUGCGUGGCCCAAACAUAACCUUUGCUAGGAUUUUGCAGGUUUUACAUCAGUGCAUCAUGGGCAUGUAGGGUAAAUUUCUCCUAUCUCUUUAAUUAGUUGUUUUUCAAUGUGGUUAUCAGUGAUGUGCACUGAAUAAUUUGACAGCUAUGCACCCAUUCAGCCUGUCCCUGGAUGCAACCCUGGACAUUCCUGCAGAAGCAGAGAUAUUCUCUAACAUUCAGUAAUGAAACUAAACCCUUUGUGAAAUGAAUUACGGGGGGUGUCACUGCCCUGUCAAGAGAGGAUCCUCAUCUUCUUUACCCUGCUUGUCAUAAAGAUGUUCCACAGUGUGUUCUCUGAAAUCAAAGAGAGAUAUGUAUCUUUUGGCCAAAUAUAUAAGAGAAUUUUGUUGCUAUCUUUUAAUGAUCAGCUGGAGCUGAUAUUGUUUCCAAAUGGGGUUAUAGGUUGAUUGUUGCAGAGCUAUGUAUAAACUAAAAUAAAUUUCAAAGAAGGCUUUCUGAACCAUUUUAUUACA